UGCUGGGAUGGGAGGGAGCUGGGUUUGAAAUAAAAUGGUAGACGGUAGUGGGCUGGGUGAUCCAAAGAGCGGAGGCCUGACACGAAGAGCAGACUGUUGAGGAACGGUGAUUCACGCUGCUGAAGAGAGGAGAGCCUUCAGGAUGCCGGAACCAGUUAAGAAACCAAAAGCUCCAGCAGAGGCCCCUGCUGAUGUGCCUGGGGAGUCCUGUGUAAAGCUAGAACCUGAACCGGCAGCAGCAUCCACACAGGGAAAAUCCUCUGCUGCAACACGGGAUGCUCUUCCAGCUGAGGACAAACACUCUCCAGACACCAGACAGGACCUGACUGGACUCUUCACAGAGAAACCUCAAAGUGGAGAAGUCACUGUAGGUGAAAACAUCACCUUUGUUGCUAAAGUAAAUGCUGAAUCUCUGCUGAAGAAACCCAGCAUUAAAUGGUUCAAAGGGAAGUGGAUGGACCUCGCCAGCAAGAGUGGAAAACACCUGCAGCUAAAAGAGACGUUCGACCGCAACACCAAGGUGUACACAUUUGAGAUGCACAUCAUCGCCGCCAAGCCAAACUUUGCAGGAGCGUACAGAUGUGAGGUUUCAUCCAAGGACAAGUUUGACAGCUGCAACUUUGACUUGACUGUUCAUGAGGCCCAUGCUCCUGGUGGUUUGGAUAUAAGAACUGCUUUUCGACGCACUAGUACAGAUGGAAAAGAAGAUUCAGGAGAGCUGGACUUCAGUGGUUUGCUGAAAAAGAGAGAAGCUGUGCACGUGCACGCUGAGCCUGAUGUUGAUGUUUGGAGCAUUCUCUGUCGAGCUCCUCCUACAGAAUAUGAAAAGAUUGCUUUCCAGUAUGGCAUCACAGACCUGAGAGGGAUGCUCAAGAGACUGAAGAAGAUGAAGAAGGAGGAGAAGAAAAGUGAAGCUUUCCUCAAAAAGCUGGACCCUGCCUACCAGGUGUCAAAAGGACAUAAAAUAAAGCUUGCAGUUGAGGUUGCAAAUGAAAAUGUGGAUGUGAAAUGGCUAAAAAAUGGACAAGAAAUCCAAAAAUCUGGAAGCAAGUAUAUAUUUGAGAGUGUUGGCAACAUGCGCUACCUCACCAUCACACACUGCUCCUUGGCGGACGAUGCAGCGUAUGCAUGUGUGGUGGGAGACGACAAAUGUACCACCGAGCUCUUCGUUAAAGAGCCUCCUAUCACAAUUUUAAAAAAUCUGGAGGAUCAGAUGGUUCUGAAGGGUGAGCGGGUCGAGUUAGUGUGUGAAGUCUCAGAAGAAGGAGCCAAUGUUAAAUGGGAAAAAGAUGGCAUUGAACUGACCAGAGAUGAAUCUUUAAAAUAUCGAUUCAAGAAGGACGGCUGCAAACAUUAUCUGAUCAUUAACGAAGCUACCAAGGAGGACUGCGGCCACUACAAGGUCAAAACAAACGGGGGGGAGUCGAUGGCUGAACUCCUGGUGCAGGAGAAAGAACUGGAGGUUUAUCAGAGCAUUGCAGACCUCACGGUGAAGGCCAAGGACCAGGCAGUUUUCAAGUGUGAAGUUUCAGAUGAGAACGUGAGGGGAACCUGGUACAAGAGUGGUGUAGAAGUCAAGGCCGAUGCCAGGAUAAAUAUCUCACACAUUGGCAGGAUCCACAAGUUGACCAUUGAUGAUGUAAAACCUGAGGAUGAGGGAGACUACACUUUUGUGCCAGAUGGUUACGCCUUCAACCUUUCUGCUAAGCUCAAUUUCCUAGAGGUGAAGAUUGAUUAUGUGCCACGCCAAGAUCCUCCAAAGAUCCACCUGGACUGUAUAAGUCGCACCGCUGAGUCAACCAUCGUGGUGGUGGCUGGAAACAAACUACGUCUGGACGUUCCAAUCACUGGAGAUCCUGCUCCUACAGUGAUCUGGACCAAAGAAGAAAAGGGGCUGUGGGCCAAGUAUGCUCUGAUGCUGAGCGAAGGGGUGUUGCAGCAUGCCUGGAAGGAUCCUGCCACAGGGGAGGAGAGGUGGCAGAUUGUGGUGCCGAGAUCACUGAGGUCAACUGGGCUGGGAGCCUGUAAUGGAGGCACGGGCUCUGGUCAGUUCGGUGUCACCAAGACCCUGCACUGCCUCCGCCAAGGCUACUACUGGGCUCCUACAAGCGAGCCCGUCGGACUGCACGUUGACGACGUCAGCAACACUUCAAUCACACUGAAGUGGCGAGCUCCAGAGAGGAUUGGCGCCGCCGAGCUCGAGGGCUAUGGGGUCGAGUAUUGCAAGGAGGGCACUGAUGAAUGGACACCUGCAGUGCAAGGUCUUUCGGAGAGGACAUCAGUGACGAUCAAAAACCUCACCUGCGGAGACAAACUGAUGUUCCGUGUGCGAGCCUACAAUAUGGCAGGACCCAGUCCUCCGGCUGUUCUGGCUCAGCCGGUCACCAUUAGAGAAAUUAUCCAACGCCCCAAAAUCUGGCUCCCAAGAUAUCUGCGCCAAACUCUGGUGAAGAAAGUUGGAGACACCGUUAACAUCAUGAUUCCAUUCCAGGGUAAGCCCAGGCCAAAAGUGAUUUGGAGCAAAGAUGGAAAACCUCUGGACUCCUCAUUUGUGAGCGUCAGGAACAGUGAAGUAGACUCGAUUCUCUUCAUCCGAAAGACGGACAGAAAACAUUCAGGACAGUACGAUCUGCAGGUGCAGAUCGAGAACGUGGAAGAUACGGCUAAAGUUUUGCUUCAGGUCGUAGAUCUCCCAGGACCACCGGAGGCCCUGAAGUUUGUGGAUAGUUGGGGUUUUAAUGUGGCACUUGAUUGGAAACCGCCAAAGGACGAUGGCAACUGUGAGAUAAAUGGUUACACUGUUCAGAAAGCUGACAAGAAGACCAUGGAGUGGUACACGGUCCACGAUAACUGCAGGCGAACUCACUGUGUUGUGUCUGACCUCAUCAUGGGCAACGAGUACAUCUUCCGAGUUUAUUCCAUCAACCUGGUGGGGUUCAGUCCAGAACCCUGCACCACAAAGGACAGCGUGUUCAUCCAGAAAACAGGCAUCACCUACAAGUCACCCACCUAUAAGAAGCACAACUUCUCUGAAGCUCCAAAGUUCACACAUCCUUUGGUGGAUCGAUCCAUCAUAGCCGGAUACAACACCACCCUCAGCUGUGCGGUGCGAGGAAUACCAAAGCCCAAAGUGACCUGGUACAAAAACAAAAUGGACAUCUCAAAUGAAGCAAAGUACCGGAUGCUCAGUAAGCAGGGGGUUCUGACGCUGGAGAUCCGUAAGCCCUGUCCAUUCGAUGGGGGGGUGUACAUGUGCAAAGCUGUCAACGACCAGGGGGAGGAUACAGUGGAGUGUAAACUGGAGGUUCGCUCACAAAUUGCCAAAGAAGAAAAGAAAGAUGCCAACAAAUGAGAAGCUCCGACUGAGAAACAAGAGGAAAUGGACCACCCUCCCAAAUGUUCACUCUUUUUGU